GUGAUGAAUGUGACGAUUUAUCGGGAGGAUCGUCUCGUCAUGGCUGAGUGAAUUGGCCGAUAGAUUCGGUGAUUAUUAGAAUUUUCGAUGGUCUCGGGAUCGACAGGAGAAUUUCCUUUUAAUUCCUCUGUCAGUCGAGCCACUGAGAUUGCGCUGAGUGGAGAACAGCUGUUCACCACGAGGUUAUGGGUAUCCUGUCAUCAUGACGAGAGUCAACAAACAAGAGACAAUGAGUGAUAGUGGUGAAGGUUUUGUUGAUGGGAAUUCGUCUGUCAGUCCUGAGAGGAGACGUAUUCGGUUUAAGGGUGAUGGAAAAACCUCCAAAAAUGUCGAGGACAGGGUUGAAGGACUUGAACCUCGUGAGGAUGGUUGUGAGAUCUCUGACGAAGUCUCUGAGGUACCUGGGAAACGUGCUGUGUCAAUCUUCGAAUUCGUCAAGACCGAGCUGACCAGGGGAUACCAAUUGGAGCAUGACGAGGAGAGGUUCUCUGCGAGGCGAGAAAAAAUUUAUUCCUUCAUGAAGAUACCGAGGGAGGUCGAGAAAUUUAUGUCUUAUGGAUUUUUUCAGUGUGCAGAUUCUUUUUUAUUCGUUUACACAUUUUUACCCUUGAGAUUUCUCAUGGCGCUGUGGGCCAUCAUCAGUCGACCUCUCAAGCACUGUCUGAGGGGUAAAAAAGGGGCGAGAAAAAAGGAAGAGCGUUUUCUACGUCCAGCUGAGGUGUGUGAUCUGUUGAAAGGAGUUGUCGUGGUGGGUUGCUGGGCAGCAACGAGUAAAGUGGAUACGUCCAUGAUGUAUCAUCUGGUCAAGAGCCAGUCGGUUAUCAAACUCUACAUUUUCUACAACAUGCUGGAGGUUGGGGAUCGCUUGUUCAGUGCAUUUGGACAGGAUACGAUCGAUGCAUUGCUGUGGACAGCCACCGAGCCGAGAUCAAGGUCACAAUCGAGGCAUCGACAACACCUGGGGACUCUUCCCCAUUUGCUGUUUGCUUUGACCUACGUCUUAUUGCACAGCAUUCUCGUGUUGUUUCAAGCCACAACCCUCAAUGUCGCCAUUAACAGCAGUAAUAAAGCUCUCUUAACGAUUAUGAUGUCGAAUAAUUUCGUGGAAUUGAAAGGCUCGGUUUUCAAGAAAUUCGACAAGAGUAAUUUAUUUCAACUAGCCUGCGCUGACGUAAGAGAGAGGUUUCACCUCACGAUGCUCCUCCUAGCCGUGAGUCUUCAGACGAUGAAAGAGUAUGCAUGGAAAGCUGAUCGCUUAGCUGUUCUACUUCCUGAUUGCAUACUUCUACUUGUUGCUGAAGUUCUCGUUGAUUGGGUGAAACACGCCUUUAUCACACGUUUCAACGAGCUACGAUCGACAGUUUAUCGGGACUACACAGUGAGUUUGGCGUACGACAUGGCCCAGACUCGACAAGAGACAGCUUUUUCAGAUCCCUCUGACCUUGUGGCCCGUCGAAUGGGUUUUAUCCCUCUGCCCCUUAGCGUAGCCAUCGGCAAAGUCCUCUGCACCACCCUGACUCCAUCAGCCAAGCCGGCGAAUCUCCUCCUCUUUUUUCUGGGGUACCUGAUCCUCGUGGCCCUGAGGGUGCUCAACAGCCUCAUCAUCCUGGGAAAAGCUAGCGACCUCAUCUCCUCCCACACGAAUAAAAACCCCGGAAAUCCCAAUCAUCAGAAGAUCCAGAGAUCCACUAGUGUUGUCGAUCAGAAGGACUCUAAUUGCGCAAUGGCCAUGUUCUCAAACUCAGCUGUCAGUCUCAAUAACGUGUGUCUGAACGAUGCAUUGUUGAAGAACGAUAAAGUACAAUCAAAUUCCGAGGAAUUUUCCACUAAACAUGUCGUCAGGGCUGAGAGCGAACCUCUCUUACCCCAAUGACACGACUGCAAGUCUUACGUAAUCAUUACGUAGCCAAUUUUUUUAAUUUAAAUGAUCGUGUACAUACAGACUGUACAUAACAUUGAGUUGUAAUCUUAAGGGUUUUUGAUAUUUCUUCCUGGGAAGAUAUCAUUGUGAUUGUUCUCUAUACAUCGGAAAAAAUAUUCUCUCUACCUUAGAAACUUUAUCUCAAUUCGAGAAUUUUUUUUUUUUUUAAACAGUUCUUUUUGGUGUUGAAAAAAAAUUCUGACGGUAGCAAAAAAAUUUAGAGAUUCAAAAGAAAUUGUCGCCUUGGUUAUAGGCAAUUUAUUCCUUAAUCCAGAAACAUUUUUUCUAAUGUUGAGCAUUUUUUUUCGGUGUGCGAUUUAAAAAAUCGUCUGAUUUAUAUAUUCGUGGGUUUUCGGUUGCCAGGAGAGUGAUGCAAUGGUGCGGUGUUAUGCUCUGUUCUAUUUUUUUCGUGCAACGAGAACGAGGAAUUUUGCUUCGUAAUAUUCAUAGACGAGAGUGGGGCAAAACGACUACUCGACUUUUCGAAAGGACCCGAGAAAAGUUCGAAUGUUCAUUUUACUCCCUCGGCUAUCGCUCUUUACUUCUAAUGGGAUAGUUCAAAUUAUACAGCUAAUGUAAUUUAAGUAAAAUUUUUCUUAUCGAAUGAACUGUAACGUCGACUUUUCACAACUUAAAAAAAAUUAAACUAAAAAAAAUUGAAUAAAAACUGAUGAAAGGUGA